AUGUCGUUACCUUUAGAGCUUCUCAUUCCAAUAGUGGAAUUUGCACUGGAGGAUCAUUCAGACUAUCAGUAUGGUAGGAUCGGCCAUAAUGCCGCUUGGAAGAUGCCAAGACCAAAUACUCUUAGCCCACCGCCCAUCCAGAAUUCAAGACCGGAUGCUGGACCUUUCAACCGCAAUGGAUCCAAUGUCGACGAUGAGAUCAAGACGACCGGUCGUGCUAUUUCGGACGCCGGAAACGCAAACAAACCAUUGACAGGUUUCCAUGUUAUCGCAACGGCCCUCCGAUUGUACGUGGUUACUAUCACAAGGCCCACGUCCACUUAUCUUUCUAUUAGGGUUUGUCGCACAUUCAACAAGAUUGUUAUUCCUAUCUUGUAUAGGGAUAUCUCACUUCUUGUGGAUAGGAAGUAUCUCCCAAGCAUGAAUACAAUUCUGAACCAAUAUUUCCUCCCUCAUGCGCAAUAUAUUCAGUCGCUCUACAUAUGGGGGAAUCAUCCCGAUUCAUUGGAGGAGUGUAAUGUAAGAAUCCUACAAGAAUGUGUAAAUCUGACCUCCCUUGGCCUGUAUUUCGUUCGACUUUCCUCUAUGAAUGAAGAGUGGAAAAGGGUCCAAGACGCAGUAGUGUCUCUUAUAGAAGGAGGAAAACUGACGCACCUAGGCCUCUACUCUCAUAAUAUAUUCCAAGGUGGAGUUGGCCCUUUUCGUGAAUAUGGGGCCAACGAAAUGAUCAAGGCCAUCUAUACCUCAGAAACGGCCCGUUUCCAUCUCAAGGGCGUCGACGUAACUUUUACGUGGCUUGAUGAAGCCCAGCAAGUUCUAUCCGGAUUCCCUAACCUGGAAUCACUCUCAAUUCAACAGACACUCUUCAUUCGUCGAUUGAGGUUGUGGAGACCUCUCGCACUUCUGACAAAACUACAGAUAUACAACUGUUCAGGAAUUUUGGCAUCAGAUAUUCCAGAUUUAAUCCUAUCAUUCCCGGCUUUACGUACACUGAUGGUGUCGAAAGUCUCACUGGUAGACCCCGAACUCCCCUUCCAUGUUGGAUUUCCCAAGGGUUGGCAUCUCUUUCCGAAUGCAAUCUGCAAUACUCACCAGCAGCUCGAUUUGAUCCACAUUGACUAUUUAAGCCGGAAACAGAUAGAAUUCAUUGGUUUGAUACCUACAAGGAUCCUGGUUGCCACAUCCAUCAACCCACCCGAAUUGAUGCUGGCGUUGACCGCAGAUCUACACUACUUUCCAGGAUUGAAGAUCCUCCAACGUGGUGUGUGGGCCCGUUACGAAGGAAUUGAUCCCGACACAGCUUCUCCAGAAGUGUCUUUGAACAAGUGGUGCGCCGCCCGUAAUGUAGAGGUGGUAGAAGCUAGUUAUUGUGCAUUUGCUGGGCAAACGGGUCCAUGGUUCAUUUCACAGGUGGUGCGAUCUUCCUUGCUUCGACCACGUCCGGUUGAGUUGACCACCUCAUACUAUGGGAAUUGGCCACAAUGCCGCGUGGAGGAUGCCGAGACCAAACGCGCUCGACAAGUUGUUAGCCCAAGACUCGAGAAUCGACAAUACGAUUGCGACUACGUUUUUCGCUCCUUAUGUAAUGAACACGCGGCUUUUCAUGGAUCCAUCUACAGGCUUCAACAAGCAAGCUUCUAUUCUCCAGAAAUCGUCGGAGGAGGCAACACUUUUCAUGAUUACUGGACUGUGGCACAUGUAAUUGAGGCCAUUUCGAAGUCUGCAACGGCGUCUUCCCGUCUCAAGAGUUUGGACCUGGCCGUUUGGUCAGUUCCAAACAUGCGAGUGGACUGGAUUCAAUCUAAAUUCUCCAAAUUGGAAUCAAUUACCAUCCGAUGCUCACUUCCCGCCAUGAGAUCAAUGGAUCAAUGGAAACCCUCUGCGUUUCUGACCAGGUUGCAACUAAACAACUGUGAUCCUAUUGCUGCAUCGGACAUUCCUGAUCUCGUUGCAUUGUUUCCUGCAUUGCGUGAGCUGACGGUGGCCGAUCCUUACCCAAGUCCAAACGAGCGACCCUUUUACGAACGGUAUCCGGGCUGGCACCUCCUUCCUAGCGCCCUCUGCAACACGCAUCGACGGCUCGACUGGGUCCACUGCGACCACUUGUAUGCACACGAGAUUCAACUCAUGGGCCUGAUACCGACAAGGACGUUAAUCGUCACUGGGGUCGAAGCGACGGAGGUCGCCCGAGUAUUGGAAUCGGAUCCACACAUUUUCCCUGGAGUAGAAGUCCUUUGGAGGGAGGUGUCGAUGGAAUAUCCGGAGACGAUUGCCCAACACCCCUUUGCCACUGACGCUUUGAACAGAUGGUGUGCAGCCCGAAAUAUUGAGGUGAUCGAAGGGGCCAAAGGAGCUUAUGGCUCUUAUUCUUCUG